AUGGAUGCCGAGCAGGAAUGGGUGAGGAGCCGUGUCCAGAAUGUUUUGGUCGAUCCCAACGCCGCACAUGGCCGGAACACGUCCCAUGCUCGUCGCCGAGUCGUGCCCUUCCUGUCCUCCCGUUCAGCUGUCAUGCGCAAGACGGCCGAGGCCGUGCACAUUCAUACAGCGGAUGAUCAGCUCGAGCAUGGUCACGCCUGCGCCCCGUCUACAGCAACUACCAGUGCCUUGUCUACAGCAACCACCGGUGCCCCGUCUACGGCAACUACCAGUGCCCCGUCUACAGCAACCACCGGUGCCCCGUCUACAGCAACUACCGGUGCCCCGUCUACAGCAACUACCAGUGCCCCGUCUACAGCAACUACCGGUGCCCCGUCUACAGCAACUACCGGUGCCCCGUCUACAGCAACUGUCGUCGCCUCGCCGCCCCGAUAUGAGCUGCCGAUCCAUCGCCAUCCAUCCUUUCCUCUCCGCCAACCCUUCCAGCCCUGUGACGAGAACGGUGGCCUAACUGCCGCCUCCAUCCAUGGCGCGUAG